AAAAUAAUUUGAAACCUGCCACAAGGUCCUAAUUGUCCCAUCAGUAAGUUGUGUUCCGGUGGUCAGUUGAUCGGGAAACGCGAUACCGGGAUAGAGGAGACACAGUGCCGCCACGGUAGUCGUUGCCGUUUGAAGUCGAGAAGCGAUGGGGUUUUUGGUGACGACUCUUGUUUUUAUUGUGAUCGGAGUUAUUGCGUCUUUGUGCUCCAGAAUUUGUUGCAAUAGAGGGCCUUCCACUAAUCUGUUUCACCUGACGUUGAUUAUCACCGCAACAGUUUGCUGCUGGAUGAUGUGGGCAAUUGUGUAUCUUGCUCAGAUGAAUCCACUCAUUGUUCCCAUUUUAAGUGAAGGAGAGUGAACAUCAGCAUGUCAUGACUGCACAUUACAGAUGGAGAGCUUUGAAGGGUGAAGAAAUGAAGUGAGGGCUUCUUUGUUUUUAUUGUUAGUUGUUGUGAACUUGUGUUAUAUCAUUGUGUUUGAGAUGAAGGAAAGGAAGGGUUAUUAUUCUUUUGAGAAAAUUUAGUUGUAACUUGAUUGCUUCAUAUCACAAUAAAAGAUAAAUAUAAAUGAUAAAUUAGUGUAUCUGGUUACUUUAAAAACUUUUACGGCUCCGUCUAGUGAACGAAAGAGGUGUUUUUUUUAUUGUUAUUGACUCUAUUAAAUUGUGGCACUCUGU